ACUUGCUUUUAUUCAGUCUUUCUUUUGCGCUGGUAGUGAACUUGUUAUUAGGUACUUAUCGUGUGACAGUUAAGCAACGUCUAUAAAAUUUUAAAAAUAUUUUCGAUCUUAACGAAUUAUCCGCUGAUAUAAAAAAAGUUAUCAAAGUGCAAUCGUUAAAUACAACGCAACCUUAUAAGUAAAUUUCAUAAAAUUGAAAUUUAAAAUAUUAAAUAUUCCAAUUGGUUUUGUGUACUUGAGCGAGCUCUUGGUACUUGAUCCAGACAUUUUUCGUGUUGAUCGUGUUGUCUUGUUCGCGCUGCUGCUGUGUUGAAGAAGUUAAUUGGUAAAGCUGGUUAAAAAAAAAAUUGUGUGUGUAAGGCGAAAAGAGUAGAUCUCAAAAUAGUGAAUUCUUGUAAAAGAUUCAACAGCAACAACAACGUCUGAAUCCAACUGGAUUUUUCUAAUUGAAAUUUCUAUUUGCUGUUGAGAGUUUUCAGUCACAUUUCAAUUUUCUAUCAUUAAUAGAAAACAAUAUUUUAGCUGUUCGAAAUUCCACAACUACUCUUCGACAAAUUUGGAGUUAAAUUUCCGCGGUGUAGUAAUGCAGAAGUUUUAAAAUUCUUCAAAAUUGCAGAGAAAACCAAGAAGUGCAAAAGUACAAACGCAAAGAAAAAUAAAAACUUCGCCUUUCCCUGGACAUUGUUUGGCAGUGACAAAAAAAUUUCGGCAAUUUCGGUUCAAGUUACAAAAUAAUUACACCAACAAAAAGUAUAUGUUAGUGACACAAAGCAGUGCGCACGCGUGAACCACUGCAUCAACAGGCCAAAAGAAUAAGAUAAACAGCACAGAACAAGUGAACUAAAGUAGCAUCUGCACAAGCUAACAGGCAGAUAAGUCUCAAAAUGAAUAAAACUUGUGCUCGCUGUCAGAAAAUUGUCUAUCCCAUUGAAGAGCUGAAGUGCCUGGACAAACGGCAGUUGUAUCACAUUGAACUAAUUCUCCUUACUGAAGCUUUAAGACAUUACGCAAUAAAUAACGUUCUAAACCGCUAAUAUGGCUGUGUUUGGUGGCUGCGCAGUACUUUCAGGUCGGAUCAGACUACUGUUGUAAGGAACGACGCAAACAUUACUCCACUCACAAGCAGUGCGCAAGCCAGAACACAUCCAAAAGUGACAUACAGAUCACGUAUUGUUUUUGACGACUGUCGCAUUCCGAUAUAUUCUAACGUACGGAGCAAUCAUUAUGGCACAGAGGCUGCGUAACCCUCACACAGACGAAGAUUGAGCAGGAGCGUGGACUAGGAAUGGAGUAUCAGAGAGAAAGAUAGGCCUUUCCCAUAGUUCCACAAAACAUGGCACAAGACCUGCUUCAAAUGCACAGAAUGUGGCAUGGCAUUGAAUAUGAAAACAUAUAAGGGAUUCAACAAAUCUCCAUAUUGCGAAGCGCAUAUUCCCAAGGCCAAAGCAACAGUAAUUGCCGACACGCCCGAGCUGAAGCGAAUAGCUGAAAAUACGAAAAUUCAAUCUAACGUGAAAUAUCAUGAAGAUUUUGAAAAAUCUAAAGGCAAAUUUACACAGGUCGCCGACGAUCCCGAAACAUUGCGAAUUAAACAAAAUACGAAAAUUAUUUCGAACAUUGCAUAUCAUGGAGAUUUGGAGAAGAAGGCAGCUAUGGAGAAACAACGGGAGGCAGCUGAAAUCGCUGAUGUGCGAGAGGAAACGGAGUAUUUCUCUGAAACAUUGGCUGCCGAACAAUUCUCACAAUAUGCUCCCACACCACCUACAGCAGCAGCUGCAGCAGCCGCCGUUACACUGCCACCAACGACAAUACAGCAUCAGCAACACAAUACAGCUGCAAUAAUAUCCAGCAAUCAGGCGGCAACAACUGGCGGCAAUGCACAGCACAACAUUUAUAAUAGCCAACAACAACAACAACAACAACAAAUACAACAACAAUCCACACCAAGUCACAAUCACAGACAGCUGGCACACCAACAAGCACAAAUACACCAACAACAACACGCACACUAUCAACCAACAUUACACCAACAACAACACUCGCACACACAGAAUUAUCAAACACCACAGCAACACUAUCAACACCAUACACAACAGCAACAACAACAUCAACAACACGAACAAUAUCAACAUUACCAGCAGCCACAAGCGCUGCGCCAACAAUAUCACCAGCAGCAGCAGCAAUUGUUGCAACAACAACAACAACAGCAGCAACAACACCACCACCAUCACCAGCAACAAUUGCUGCAACAGCAACAACCAAUUAAACAAACAUCACAUUUGUAUCCAACAGCCGGAGCCGGUGCGGCAGCAAAUCAUCAAUCAAGCAAUCAGCAGCAACAACAACAACAACAACAGCCGACAAACACCUACAACCAGCUGCGUUCAGCAAUUUUGCAAAACUCCCAUCACCCAACCGGUGGCGCACAGCCCACACAUCACAACGAGAAUGUGACAAGCGCCGGCGGCGGUGGUGGCGGCUAUGGUAGCAAUAGCGGGACCAAUACUGGCAACUAUGACCAAUACGACAACUAUACAAGCGCCACUGUCAAUAGCAACAACAUCAGCAACAAUAACCAUUUGGCUUACCAACAGCAGCACCAGCAACAGGCGCAGAAGGCCGCCUCCUACCACAGCAACACAAACUCUUUGAGCGCAGCUAAUGCCAACAAUGGCGGCGUUGGUGUAGGAAAUAGCACUGGUCUCACCAGCGGCGGUCCACAAACCACCCAACAACUCUACGCAAGCAAUAACUACAACAGUCACUUCUCGUCGAGCACUUCGUUGGGUGGCGGCGGUUUGUCGCAUCACAACAGCAACGGCGCUGUGAGCACUGGUGCAGCUAUUGGCGGCGGCAGCGGCAGCGGCAACAACAGCAAUCACAGCCAUCCGUCGAAUGUGGGGCAUGGUGGUGUUGUGAAUAACGGUAGUGCAACUGGUGUGGCGGUAAAUAGCAUUGGAAAGAUUGCUGACUAUGAUCCGUUGACCGACGGGCCACGCCCAAUGCCCAACACCGGCCGUCCCAGCACAACGCUCAUUUACAGCUCUGACAGUCGCGGCUCGGUGAACAACGCCUACCCGAAACGUAUUGGCUCCAUAGCUGACAUUGAUCCUGCUAAUGGCAUUUAUAGCUCUUUGGCUGGCGAGUCGGCAUCGCAUCACCAAUUGCAUCAGCAACAGUCACAACAACAACACCAGCAACAACAUCAGCAGCUAUUGCAACAGCAACAACAACGCGCGAUACAACAACAGCAGCAGCAACAGCAACAGCAACAGUAUUAUCAACAAAUGAUGCAACAACAGCAAUCGAAGCCAAGCCUGCGCGUCUAUCGUGCACUAUACGAUUAUGAAGCUCAGGAUACCGAUGAAGUCAGCUUCCGUGAGGGUGAUGUUAUCUUUGAGGUGGAAUCGGCCGAUUCCGGUUGGAUGACUGGACGCGUUGAACGCACUGGCAAGACCGGUAUGCUGCCCGCCAACUACGUGGAACAAGCCGUUAUAUAAUAGGGAAUGUUAUAUUAUUGUUGUUGUCAUCAUCAAUUUGUUGUAAUACUAAUUUGUAUCCUUUAUUUGAUAAUCGUAUUAAUAUUCUUCAUUAACAUAUUUAUAGCUGAUAGCAAUAAUGAUUAUGAUGCCUCAGAGCAUAUGAAGAAUUACGAUGAUGAUAACUAUCAUAGCCACAAUCACCAUCAUAAUCACCAUAAUCAUCAUACUCAUUAUCAUCAGCCGGCACACAACACUAGGGACACGAAAUCGACAAAUCCGCAAAAGCCAAGUAAUCAACCACAAGUCGAACCAGAUUUCUAUUAUUAUUUCAAUCAUGUCUUUUGAUGGUUGGGUUGAAUUGCAUCAGCUGUAAUGAUGAUGAUAUCAAAUUCAUUUCACUUUUUCAUUCUUAAUUUGCAAAUAAUUUGUGCCCAUUUUCGGCAACGAAAGUGCACCGUGUGAUUUUGUCCCUUUUGGUUGUUUGCGGCUGAUAAAAUUCUAUUAUUUAAUUAAUUAAAUGCUCCUGUCGGGAGUUAAAGCAGACGAGCGAAAUGAAAGAAAAGGCAGUUGAAAGCGUAAAUGAGUAGAAGAGAGGAGAAGACGAAUCUUCACGAAAACACGCAAUUAUUAUUGUUAAAAACAAACAGGCAUGCAG